AUGUUUAACCAGCAGCCUCCUUCUCCUCCACCAUCGAAUGACGGUGACGUUAAGCUUAGUCCGCAGGCAAUAUCACAGACUGGCUUCCAACAACAUCCACAGAAAUUACAACAACCAUACCCUCAGACAUAUCCUCACAGCCAACCACAACAACUCCGCCCGCAGCAUCAGCUUGGGUAUAUUCCUGCAGGGGAGCCAUACUCUUAUAGCUAUUUGGAAGCUAGUACUCCAGCUAUGAGUGGCCCAAUGCAGAAUGGGUAUGAAUCCCACUCUAUGUAUCACAGUAUGACUAGUAGUGAACAUGACACUUCGCUCCCAGCUCUGACAUACCACCGUGCUGGAGAAAUGCCAGUACUGGCCACUGUCAGGGCUGGCGAAACAGUAGAAGAUCUCAAAGAGGAGCUGGCUAUCGCCAAGUCCAAUACUGACGAUAGAGUCCGUAUAAUAAGACCGGCAAAGCUCAGACGGCGACCAAAGCCAGCGAAGGCUGACAAGGGAGAUGGGCCAACCAUUGACGCUCCGCUCAGUGAGCUGACAAAAAAUAUGCUACAUAUCCCCAUUCGUGAUAUGGCCGUCUGGGUUAACCGUCCAAAGGAGACUCGUUUGGAGGAAGUAAAGUCGAAGAACGGCAAGAUCGCCCGCCCCAUGAACUCCUUCAUGCUAUACCGAUCAGCCUAUGCGGAGCGGACAAAGGAAUGGUGUGCGCAGAACAACCAUCAAGUUGUUUCACGAGCCUCUGGACAGAGCUGGCCACUUGAGCCCCGGGAGAUUCGAGACUUGUAUGAAAGUUAUGCAACCAUAGAGCGAGACAACCACCAUAAGGCACACCCAGACUACAAAUUCGCUCCAAACAAAAACCAGGGCAUGUCGAAGAACCAGAUUGGGAGUAAGAAUCCGGGCUCCGCAUCCAAAAAGAAGCGUUCCCACGAGGACGAGCUUAGCGACUUCGAAGACCAGCCAUGUGAUAUCACAUCAUACCCCCGUCCAUCAAACAGGCGACGAACUUUGGGCCCCAAUGGUGAAGCUAGUAAUAGCAGAAACUCCACUCCAUGCGACAACGACAGUACUUAUGACAGCCGCAACUGCACUCCUAUCCCGCAUUCACAGAUUGACAUUUACGGAACCGGGGAUGUUAACCGCUCGUCUUGGGAGAUGAUCAACCCCGGAAGACCUCAUCCUGGUAUUAUAUCACAGCCGGAACAGACCCAUUACUACCAGCCGUCUAUCCACCAGAGCCUUCUUGGGUCCAACAUCGAAGACGUGACAUACAAAAAGAUCGGUAUGCCCGGCGGAGUGGCCUAUGAUGCUACUGCUCCAAUGGUUAAUAUGCCAGGUGGCACCCAUCCAGACCUUCUUCAGCCACAACCACUAAACCACAACAGAAUGUCCGUCUCCAUGGGCGAAGUCCAGGUUGAUCCCCAGAUACUGGACUUUGAGCCAACAAACACACCACUCCCAACAGAUACGGGUAACAGCUUUGUGAACCAAAACGAUUUUUGGCAAUUCAACACCACUAGCAACCAGCACUAUGUCCCAGGGUACAUGUCGACCCCUGAAACUGACCAGUAUCAUCAUGCAACACUUCCGCCGUCGUCAAUGGCCACUGGUUUAGUGGCCGACCGUGUUAUGUGGCCCAAUACCCAUACCAUGCCAGGCGAAGAACUUAACGAAUGGUUUGGCGGAUCAACUGUAAACUAA